UUUUUGGACACUCGGAUACUCUUAAACUGGAUUUGGGUAUCUUUGGAAAGCCCGGCUCGGCCCACGCUUUGUAUUCACCUGUUUCUACGCUCCCUCGCGGCCUUGUUCCUUUGAUUUCUUGCUUCCAAUCUUGUAUCGAGGGUUUGUAGUCCACCUCGUUCGGCAUCGAUUGGGUCGACGUGGGAGUGGCAGAUGGAGGCAAGGCAUGCAUCUUCCGAUGCUGUUCGAGGAGGCCUCGAAGAUUCCACUCCAUGGCUUCCGAAUCCUCUGUCGAUCAGGAGGUUCUGAGGAAGGGAAUCCAGGCGUUGCGGCUCUGUGACGAGAUGAUAAGCAAAUUGGGAUUGUUCUGGUCGAAUGAGGCGAAGGAUGAUGUUAGCACCGCUUAACCUGAAGUACUUAUUGCUAAGUGUUCCGUUCAGGUCCCAUUUUUUAUUGGAAAACUGACAGAAAAAGUUGCUGAAGAUGACAGAACAAUGGUUCUCAAAAUUUCUAAGAAUCAUUUGAAGGAGUUCAUUUCAAUUUGUGAAGCUUUGGAGCUUGUGCCUGAAGAGGAGUUAGAAUCUUCUAGUCAAGGAGGUGCUGACACUCGAGCAACUCAAAGGGCAAAAAAGAAUGCUCAUUUCAAACUCCAGAGAGGUGCAGAAGCAAAGCUGCAAGAAAUUAAAGAAAGAAAGGAGAGGCGUCAGCAGUCACUGAGGGAAGCAAAACUCCAGAGAGUUGAUUGUCUUCACCCGUUGAAGCUAGGGAGGAAGAUGUACUUGAUGAUGAUGGCGAGGAGGAAAGAGAGCUUUGCUUAGGGAAUUACAUUGGAUGGCUUUCCAAAAUUUUGUCUAGAGGAUCAUUUUGGACUACUUCAACAAUGAGGCAGCUUCAUUCUUACAGACUUCUCAGUGGUUGCUUUAAUUUUUAAAGCAGCAUCUCAGAUUAUUUCUUAGUAAAACUACAGUUAUGCUUGUUAUAUCUGAAUUUAAACAUUCAUAUUAUUUUGCUCCUGCAGCAACACCAUUAAUGCUUCCACGAGUUCUAAAUGGUUGUUAAAAUAAGAAAUUAGUAGGUUCUGUAAUAUCUAUAUUUAAUGGUCAUUAUAUGUAAAUCAUUGUAGGUGGUUUUCAAGUUUCAACCAUUUUCAUUUUUCAUAUAUCACCUGUAUCUGGAGUCUCCAGUGCAUUUUUCAGCAGUCUACUGGUUUUUAUGCAUUUUACCUCAAUGAAUUUGUUGAAAAGCUGUUAAUAAAUGAUAUAAGCAAAUACCGUUUAUAUAGCACCCAGAUGUUGAUUCUUUGUAUUAACUAUUAAGUUCUGAGUAUCAGUUAUGUUUAUAUUUUCAGGCAUGACUCACGAGUUUGGUCAGAUCAGAAAAUUUCUUUAUUUUGUCUAUUUUGCAAUGCCCUGUUCCUGUUAAUAUGAAUAGUUGUUCUUGUAUUUAUGGAUAUUUUUGGAAUUGCCUUACUUUCAGGCUUUUGAUCUCUUGUACAUGCUGAAGAAAGAGGAAGAGAUGCUUAUUGCUGCAAAAGAGAAGCAAUCAAAGGGAGGAGAAGAUUUUGCUCGUGAGAUCCUUGAUGAGCGGACUAAACAGGCUGAGACUUGGCAUAGGGAUGCGGCAAGUCAAGCAGCAUUUUCAAAACUAGCAGAACCUGUCACAUGCGCGACCUUUGCUCAGGAUGUUAUUGAAGGUAGAGUGAAGCUUUCACAAGCACGAGCACAAGCACCAACCGCUGGUAUUUGGAGCCUUAUUGGUGGAAGAUUAACUAGUGAGAGAAAGAAUGACAGCCCAAGUCUUCCAACCAGAUUUCCGACCAUGAGUAUCGAAGAAGCUGGAUUACAUGAAAUGGGGAUGAUGCAAAAAUGACAGGAGAGAAAUUCCAAGUUCAUGGAGGAAGCAAACUCUUUCCUGGCACGAGGGCACCAGGCCGACGGCCGAGGACGAGGUUGUAGAGGUAGAGAAAGGAUGAUUGGAAAGAUGACGACCGUCGUGGUGCAGGCAAUAAGAAACUCUCACCUUGUGGAACUCCCAAGUCCCGAGAGAGCCGUGAGGUUGCCAGUUUCACUUCGUCGUCAGUAAGCAACAGUUGGCCUCACCCGAUGGCUGCGUUCUUCGGUGUUCUCGUUGUUGUCUUCUCUGCUCCAAUAAGGUGAUUCAUUUCAAGUUAUUCUACUGUACUCGCAAGCAGCAGCGGUUGAGGAUGAACUGACAUCAUCGUUAUCAUCGUUGAUGAAGACAGGACAAAAUAAUUGACGCCUUGAGAUGGAGACAAGCAAAAUAACAGUGUCCAAACCUACACAUGUUCUCUAGAGAAGAAAGGGGCACAUAACACACAGUACUACAUAUCCAAAUAGACAUACGUACAUCAAAGUGCCUCUGUCAAGGAGGAUGGAAGAGAAAGACAGCCAGUUGAGAUGGGAGGAGGGUGACUACUGUAGAAAGGCAUGUCCUUUUUCUCUGCACCAUGUGCCUGCCAAAAUGUGGUGGCCUUCUCAAGGGCACGCCUGGCUCGAAUUUAGGGGGACAGUCCCCUCUGCCACUUGGUCAGAGGCCCAAAGGGAAUGUCUCUGCCACUGGGCUCCAAAAAUUCGACUAAAAGAAAA